GAAUCGGUUGAAAAGAUCCGGUUGAAAAAAAAGAAGCGAUUCAGCCGCGAGUCGGGACAGGAAGCCUGAGUCGAGCAGCUGAUAAUCGGACUGGGGAUGUUCCGGUGAGAGGAGCUCGUCUCCUUUAGGCUGCUGCUGUGGGUCGGCUAACGGCGAGCUAACAAUGAAGGCCUAAGCCGACAGCCCCGGGAUUUAAACCUCUCCGAGCUGGCUGACCAAACGAGGACAAACACACGCAGGCAUGGCCUCCCAGCUGCAAGUCUUCUCUCCUCCGUCCGUGUCUUCCAGUGCCUUCUGCCGGGUCAAAAAGAUGAAGGUGGAGAGCUGCGCUUGGGAUGCCUCCGGUGAAGCCUACGGCUCUGUGGGCCAAGCCUACGGCUUCAACCCUGCCCCAGCUCUCCCUUUCAACACCUCCGGCCUGGUCUUCCCACCGGCCUCCCGGUGCCAGGUGGUGGUCCGUGCCGCAGACAGUACGGGGGGAGCACCGCAGGGCUCCAGCCGCCGGCCCACAGACACGCACGUGUCCCGCAGCCAGAGGUAUGGUGUGAAGCGGAAGAACGAGGAGGUGGAUCGGUCUGGAGGCGGGGGCAGUGGCAGCGGAAGCGUGCAGAUUCUGGAGGAACUGUCUGCCCCGGCUUACUCGGGCCGUGCUGCCGGCGGCAACACCACCCAGUCCAUUCCCCACUCUGCUCCCACCACCAAGAGCAGCAGCUCCAACGGCGAAGGGGACUACCAGCUCGUCCAGCAUGAGAUCCUCUGCUCGGUCUCAAGCAGCUACGAGGUGCUGGAGUUCCUCGGCCGGGGCACCUUCGGGCAAGUGGCAAAGUGCUGGAAAAGGGGCACCAAUGAAAUCGUGGCCAUCAAAAUAUUGAAGAACCAUCCUUCAUAUGCACGACAAGGCCAGAUAGAGGUGAGCAUUUUGAACCGUCUAAGUGCAGAGAACGCGGAUGAGUUCAACUUUGUGCGCUCGUACGAGUGUUUCCAGCACAAAGGCCACACAUGCCUGGUGUUUGAGAUGCUGGAGCAGAACCUCUACGACUUCCUGAAGCACAGCAAGUUCAGCCCCCUCCCUCUACGCCACAUCAGACCCAUCCUGCAGCAGGUGGCCACUGCCCUGAUGAAGCUCAAAAGCCUCGGCCUGAUCCACGCCGAUCUUAAGCCAGAGAACAUCAUGCUGGUGGACCCAAUCAGGCAGCCCUACCGGGUCAAAGUCAUCGACUUUGGAUCGGCCAGUCACGUGUCUAAGGCGGUGUGCUCUACUUACCUGCAGUCUCGCUACUAUAGAGCUCCUGAGAUCAUUCUUGGCCUGCCGUUCUGUGAAGCUAUCGACAUGUGGUCACUGGGCUGUGUGAUUGCGGAGCUCUUCCUCGGAUGGCCGCUGUAUCCCGGAGCUUCUGAAUAUGAUCAGAUCCGGUACAUUUCUCAGACCCAGGGACUUCCAGCAGAGUAUUUGCUUAGUGCUGGCACAAAGACCUCCCGCUUCUUCCACAGAGGGCCUGACUCCAGUUAUCCACUGUGGAGGCUGAAGACUCCAUCAGAGCAUGAGGCAGAGAUGGGCAUCAAGUCCAAAGAAGCGCGAAAGUACAUCUUUAAUUGCCUGGAUGACAUGAUGCAGGUCAACCUGUCUUCUCACUUGGAGGGCACCGACAUGCUGGCAGAGAAAGCAGAUCGGCGGGAGUUCAUUGAUCUGCUAAAGAGGAUGCUCCGUUUGGAUGCUGACAAAAGAAUCACCCCUACCAAGACCCUGGCCCAUCCCUUUGUCACCAUGAGCCAUUUGCUGGACUUCCCCCACAGCUCCCAUGUAAAGUCAUGUUUCCAAAACAUGGAGCUGUGUAAGCGGAGGAACAGUAGCUACGAUAAUGGGAAGGCUCUUUUUGCUGCUAAUACUGUUCCUGGCACAGGGGGCAACCUGACGGUGACCUUCAGCAGUCAGCUUAACCAGAACAACCAGGUUCCUUCAGCCGGUGGAGCAGUUCCUCUCCUCAACUACCAGCCAGCCCUUUAUCAACAGGCCACGAUAAACAUCCCAGGCCUGGCCCAGCCCACCAUCCCCCUGCAGACACGCCCCCCUCAGCUAUGUCCCCAAACUGAGCCCUUCCAGCAGACCCUCAUUGUUUGCCCACCCACCACCAUACAGGGGCUUCCGUCCUCCAGCAAGACCUCCAGCUACCCGGUCAGGAUGGAAAACGGUGUUCCUGUAGUCCAGCAGAGCCAGAAUACUCAGCCUCUCCAGAUUCAACCAGGAAUGCUGACGCAGGGAUCCUGUACACCGCUGAUGGUGGCCACAUUGCAUCCCCACGCGCCGGGCGUGUCAUCUCAGUACCCGCUGCCCCUGGCACUGGGCUGUGGGGCAGGAAGGCCUUCUCUGCUGGAGCAGACAGCCACCGUGCUGCAGGCCUGGCAGACGGGCACGCAGCAGAUCCUCCUCCCCCCUGCCUGGCAGCAGGUGCCAGGAAUGACCCUUCAUGGCACGGGCGCAGCACAAACCAUCACAGAAUCGCCCUUGGAGACCAUCCUCUCAGACAGCUCCACGCAGCAGACGCCCACCUGGAGGGCAUCUCACAGUACAGUUCUCCAGCAGAACCCUCAUGUUUUGGACUCAACUCAGUCCCUCAACCGCGGAGUGUCUAGCGCUGCUCGGUCAUCGCAAAGCAAGAGGAACAGGGCUCGCUGCAUGGACAGCAGCAGUGGUCUGGUUGGUGCGUCUUACAACAGCGCUGCCCUGUCUCAGCCGAUCAUCAUCUCUGACACACCCAGCCCUGCUGUCAGCGUGAUCACAAUCCACAGUGAUUCUGAUGAGGAGGAUGAGAGGAAGUUCCACCCUGCCAGCUGUGGACCUAAUCAGAGAGCCAACGUCAUCAGCUGUGUGACCGUCCACGACUCUGACUCCUCCACUGCUAGCCCCCUGACCCCCCUGCCCCGAAAUGGCCUGGCAGCUCAGUCCUUGCGCCUGGCGAAGUCCUUGGCAGUUGUUGCUCCCUCUGUGAAAAUCCAGCUAGGAGAAAGCUCGGCACUAGCCAAAGUAGCUACAGGAGUUCUGCAGAGUUCCUACAUAAAGCCCAAAAGGGCAGCAACACGGCAGCCAUGCAGCUCAGGGGAAAGUGUCGGUCGCCAGGAGCCUAGCAGGUCCCAACCACUCAACCUGAGCCAGACCACGGUCUCAUCAUCUCAAGACCACACUAGUGGCUCCACACUGCGCCGGCAGCAGACCUACCCGCCUUCCUCCUCCCAGUACCGCCUCCAAGAGGCCCUGCCAUUCACCAGCGCCCCUAGCCUGUACACGUACCCAGCGUCCGCAGCACUGGCCUCUGCCUCGCACACCAUGGAGCAGCUGCUCGUCCAGGGCUCCUCCCCUUCCAUCCACGUCCCGCCCACCAGUCACUAUGCAGCCAGUCUUAUCCCGAAAGACUCGGUGGGCGGCGUGGUCCACGGAUUGCCCGCCCACUACCAGCAGCAUUUCCCUACCCACCCUUAUGUUGGCGCAAACACCAGCAGCACUAGAGGAAGUGCGGCCUAUGGUGGCUAUCAGCUCAGUCCUAGAAGAGUUACUCAGUACCCGUACAUAUGAGGUGAGGCACAUAGUAGAGAGGGCUGACUGAGGCGUAGUUACCAACCGAGAUAGGACCACAUCCUUCUUAUAGACUUGCCAUUGAAACUGCUGCGACAUUAACUGCUAUUACCUAUUAUUUAAUUGAACUAUUUUAGUUUUUUUUUUUUUUUAGGUUUUUUUUUUUUUAAGGUUGACAUUUAGAAAUAUUAUAUUUUACCGGUCUCUGUUUGUAUCCUUCCUCUGGAAAAGAAGUUCUGUUAUCUGUUAGGGUCAGAUUUAUUUUCCUAGCACAAUACAUGUGGUGUGGUGACGUGGUGUUGAAAAAGAUGUUCAUUAGCAAUAGCGAGACACUAUUAAAAGAAAAGCUGACACACAAAAGGGACGGACAGCUGGAUCCUGGAACAGCACGACCCCCGUAGUUCAUUUAUGUACUACUAAAUGUACUACUAAAAGUUCCACACUAACCCUGUAAAACCCUGUAAUCCACUUUUGUCGAUUCCCCCCCAUGUUAGCUUUUAGCAUUUUUAAUGUUUUGUGUUUUAAUGUUUUAGGUCCCACACUCUCCUGUUCUAUUGUUUUUAAUCAUUUUAAAUUAUGUUCCACUGUUGGUUUUAUUUUACUAAUUUACUGGACGAUGUGUAUUGAAGUGACUGAAAAGGAAGAAGAAGAAGAAGAAGAAAAAAAACGAGUAUCAGGAGUACGUGUGCGUACAUGUAAGAGUCCACGCGCCUCCUUUACUAUUUAAAUCAAGACUUAAGUGUUAGUUGAAUACGACGAAAGGCAAGGUAGGAUUGUAGGAAGAGUUAUGUUGUGCUGAAAGUAAAAUGAUAAAAUGAUUGAUUAAUAGAACUCGACCGAUUUAUGGGUUACUUGUCUUUAGAGUUGUUUUAAUCUUGUUAAACCUUAUGAAUUCCUCUGGAGAUUUAAAAAAAAAAAAAAAAAAAGCAAGCCUAUACUUAAACUGUGAUCAUGUCAAAGCCAAUGAAUCAACGAAAAUAUGUACUGACAAAAAUAAUUUCCCUUGCCUUUUUUUUUUUUUUUUUUUUUUUUUAAUGAUUCAUUAUGGCUUCUGAAAAACCCCGGUUUUCAUCCUGUCUAUCCGUUUGCUGAAUUGAUGUGCUGUUAUGGUUCUUCUAAUGCUGUUAGGAGUAGAACUUGUUUAGCAAAAUGAACUAAUUAACACCAAAAAAAUGUCCAGUCAAAAAAUCCAGGGUUCUGAGUGAACUUUUGAGCAUUUUUAUUUGUAUUUUUUUUUUUUUUUUUUUUUUUUGCUAAUGCCCCGUAUACCUGCAUCCUUUACUGAGUCUGUGUUUACAUGCAGUCAGAAAUCCGUUCAUAAUCUGAUUACUGCAGUUAUACUCUGAUGUAUAAUUUAGGUCAGAGUAAGAUUUAAGAAUCUGGUCGAGGAUGGACGUUAGCUCAGUAAUGGUAUUUCUUAGUGCUUGUAAACUCUAGUAUUCUUGGAUUUCUCAGUCUGUACACUCGUGAAAACAGACUGUGGUAGUGGAAAAAGCAAGUUUUCCCAUUAUCUGAUGACCCAAGCUCAUGUAAAUGCAUCGAUCAGAUUACAGAAGGUCCAGCAUUUUGCAGUAAUCAGAUUUUGAAGUGCAUGUAAACACACUCCGGAUAAGCCUCAUCAUCAUAACCCAGGCAGGUAAUAAAGACGUUACUGGUGUCGCAGCACUGAUGAUGUGUUUGUUGUAUCUGCAGAUAUACUUUUGCUCAAAAGUACACUGGCUCAGCUACACUGUCUUACUUACUUGUUCUGCUCUCAAUAAGAUGAUGUGCCUUGACAUUCUCUCUCUCUUUCUCUCCAUGUUUUGAAGUCAAGAGUACAUUUUCUCAUCGACCGCAAAAGUACUGUAUGCAUUUUGUAACGCCAAAAUCAUGGAAAAAAAAAAAGAAAAGUACAUCAGAACACCUCCAUUGUAAUACCAUCCAAUAAACAAACACAAUUCCA